AUGUACUCGCCCACUGGCUACUACGGCGCGCAGGCGCCGCAGCAGAACGGCUACAGCUCGUACGGCGUGCACGGCGCAUACGGCAACGGCAACGGCAGCGCCCACCACAGCGGCAGCAGCACGCCGACGGGCAGCGUCGCCAUGCACCCGCCGCCGCCGCCGCACCACCUCGGCGGCCAGCAUGCGCAGCAGGCGCAGCACCACCAGCAGCAGCAGGCGCAGCAGCAGCACCACCAGCAGCCGCAACAGCAGCAGCAGCCGCAGCACGGCAGCCAGCACGGGCAGCAGAACUUCGGCGGGCCCGGACAGGCAAGCAUGUUCUCGCCGUACGCGCAGAGCCCCAUGGGCCACCCGCACCAGCCCAACUCGCCCGCCGCCGGCAGCCCGUACUUCGGCAUGGGCCACGGCAGCGCGCCGUCUCCGCACCUCGCAUCCCCCUCGUACACCUCUGCGCCGCAAUACAGCACGCAGCUGCCGAUGGCGGGUCGUCACCGCGUCACGACGACGCUCUGGGAGGAUGAGGGCACGCUCUGCUUCCAGGUCGACGCGCGCGGCGUGUGCGUCGCACGGCGACACGACAACAACAUGAUCAACGGCACGAAGCUGCUCAACGUCUGCGGCAUGUCUCGCGGCAAGCGCGACGGCAUCCUCAAGAACGAGAAGGAGCGCAUCGUCGUCAAGGUCGGCGCCAUGCACCUCAAGGGCGUGUGGAUCACGUUCAGCCGCGGCAAGCAGCUCGCUGAGCAGAACGGCAUCUCCGACGUGCUCUACCCGCUCUUCGAGCAGAACAUCCAGUCGUUCCUCUACCACCCCGACAACUACCCGCGCACGGCGGCCGUGAUGGCUGCGGCGCAGGAGCGCGUCAACCAGCGCCAGGGCGGCCGGCCGAGCGGCACGAGCAGCCCCGGCGGCAGCGGCCAGCACGCUGGCGGCGCACCGCCGCCUCUGAUGCGCGCCAACACGACGCCGCAGCUGCGAGGCGACGACGAGGGCAUGCCUGCGCCCGGCGGAGCCUCGUGGGGCCACCCGCCCGCGUCGACGAACCAGCACCACUCUGGUGGGUAUGCGAACGCGUCUCCGACACAGGGACACAACGGCCAGGGCCCGCAGCACCCGCACCAGCAGCAGCAGCACUACCAGCAGGCGGGUGCGCCGGGAGGCGCCUCGCCCAACGGUGCCGGCGGCCACCCGCAGCGUCCGCCGGCCGUCGACCGCAGGCACAGCAUGCCGCUGACACUGGCGAACAUGCAUUCGCACCCAGGCCACAGCGAGAACCCGUACGGUCCGCCGCAGCCGUCGCCGCACGGCAUGCCGCCGGGCCCGCGCCGCACGCCCAGUGGUCUGAAGCGCAGCUACGACGAGCACGGCGAGUCCGAGGGCAUUGCGCCGCCGGCGCCGGCGCCCGGCAUGGGCAGCUACACGCCCAACGGCGGCGUGAGCAUGUCGGCCAGCAACUCGGGCGGCAGCGGCAGCUACGACCAGGAGAGCCCGCGCGUCUACAAGCGCUCGCGCGACAGCAACGGCGGCGGCGAAGAGCACGGCCACCACCACCAUGGCGACUACCACGGCGCGUCGGACCAUGAUGGCGGCCGCUCUCGCCCGCUUGGGCAUCUGAGCCUCAGCUCCGGCUCCAUGCGCAUGCCGAGCGGCCAGCAGGGCUGGACGCCGCUGUCCACGCCCUCGCUCGGCCACUCGUCGGGCACGCUCUCGUCGAUGAGCAGCGUCACCGACGACCCGCUCAGCGCCGAGGGCCAGCGCAGCAGCAGCGGCGGCGGCUCGGGCCUCAAUGCGUACAGCCUCAACGCCAUGAACAACAACGGCGCCAUCGACAAAAUCCCGCCUCCAGCGCCCUACGGCGCUCGUGCGGAUCUCUAA